AUGAAGGGUGAUGCCAUCGGUUUGCCAAGCAAAGCGAAGCAUCAAAAACCUCAAAAAGCGUCUAAUGGACUAACACCAAACCAUAUUUCGAAUAUUCAAGUGGCAGAUGAACCAAUUGAUUUGGAAAUUCACGAACAUUUUAAGCUAAGAUUAGAAACCUAUAAAACAUGGGCGCACUGUAUCGCUAGGAAGACCUGCCCAGAAAUCCUUAUUGAUGGCUUUAAAUCCGAUUUAAGCAAUGAUUUCACGUUGAUGAUAAACUGGUUAGCGAUAACUAAUGAAGAGAGUCGAUCCGUUCUGGAAUCGAGUUGUAGUAAUGGCGAUGGUUCGAUGGAACUCGACGUUGCUCUCGAUAUGCUGUUCCGUAUGGGAGUCCCUCAAAAACGAACAAAAGGACCAACGCUGGACGCUUUUCGUGAGAUGAUCGCGGUUCUCUGUGGCGGAAUGCGGGGGCAAAUCCCUUAUCUCGACUUUUUGGCAAAUUUCACAGAGACAACUCGAUUUUUGGACAAGGCGGCUUCUGAAACUAUUGUAAAAUUGGUCAAAGAUAUUUUCAAUCUACCGGACGAUGGUUUAUCAACGAUGCAUGAUCACACCGCCCCAGCAUCAAAAAGUUCACAGUCGACUGGUGUGAUGCGAAAUGGUGAAGCUCCGUCGCUCACUCAGACCAAUGGGUUGAUUGAGGUUCCCGCUUCUGAGGAAAUUCCAACGGGACCGCUAGUGUCUGAUGACAGCGAUGAAGAUAAGCAGACCGUAUUGGCUCAUGGGGAAGGACCAUCAGUUUCUAGUGUGUGUAAUGAAAUACUCAGCUCACCAUCCGUGGAUAGAUCUCAUGGUGAUAACUCUUUGCCCAAGUCACCAUCUUGCGUAAAAUCCAAGCGAGACAUCUACGCCAUAAGAAGCAGAAAGGUCGGCAGAGUAGGAACUUACUCCAUCCCAGAUGAAUGUUUUGUCUGUGGCAAAGGUGGAGAUCUUACUAACUGUGGGAAGAAAUAUUCCUCGAGCAGUUUUUGUACCACGAAGUUCCACGAAAAGUGCAUUGAGGCAUACAACGCUGCGGAGUACAGUGUCGACUGCCUUCGAAAAAUCGUCGAUGAAACGAUAUGUCCAUUGCAUUUUUGUUCUACUUGUUACCUGGAGCGUUGGAAAACAACGGCAGUCCGAGGCAAGGUAAUAGAAUGCGACUCGUGUUUUCGAGGCUUCCAUGAGCAGUGCUCUCCUGCUGGAUUUGAGUUUUAUGAGGAUUUAGUACCAGCUAGAACAAAGGAAGGGUCCGAAGUGGAAGUCAAGCAAACGUUUACUCGUUGCCACUCCCACUGCGACUUCGAGUCCAUUCCGCUAGUGGAGAACAAACGCUCGCAUCUGCCGUUCUGCUGUGAAUGUGAAAAUGCAGGCGAGGAGGUUCUGUUGAGAUGCUCCCAAUGCGUGAGGUCAUUCCACGAAAGUUGCCUAACGUUAAAUUGCCGAGAUCUUCACAACAACAACCCCAAACCGUUAUGCGAGUCGUGCAUACUGGGCGAAACUUUACGAAUCGGGCAGCCAGUAAUCGCCAAAUUUAGGACAUCGUUCUAUGCGGCAACAAUAACGAAGUUGGAGGAGUAUCCAAAACGUUGCAUAAAAUUAGACAAAUAUGGAAAGCACUACAAUGAGCCUGGGUAUCUCUCGGUUAAAUGGGCUGGCUGUCAGAACCUUUAUGCUUUACUGCCUGCGAGAAGUGUUGUAGCGAUGUUCACUGGAUCCUACGAUUUAAUCGGCAAACGGGUCAGAGAGGAGCCUUGUCGUGAAGCUUGGCAGGCAAUGGAGCAGGACCUAGCUGUUCCUCGCCCAACGUUUGACUAUGUUCCCGAAAAGUACACGAAGAUAAAGACGGCUGUGUACCAUCCAAGUUGUCCGAAGCCCCGUCUUGAUGGUUGCGAAGAAACUGAUAGCAUGUGUGACUGCCCUCCCUCGGAUAGUGAUCGCUGUGGACCGAAUUCGAAAUGUACAAACCGAGCAAUAUUACAGGAGUGUCCCGAGGCAUGCGAGGCCAUCAGUGGCGGUUGUAACAACAGGGGAGUAUCGCGCAAGGAAGUGAAUCCUGCAGUAGAAAUACGUGAAGCACCAGGAAAAGGCAUGGGAGCAUUCGCAGUCCGAGACAUACCCAAGGGUGCGUUCAUAGCUGAAUAUGCCGGGGAGAUAAUUAGCCGCAAGGAGAAGAAUAGGCGGAUUGCGGAGGUUACUGCACAUCGGAAUGUUGAGGAGAAACACUACAUGAUGGCUUUGGAUUCACAGCGAAUCAUCGACUGCAAAGAGAAAGGCAAUGAUGCAAGUCCGAAUUGCAAGGUUGAGACGGUGUACGUGGUGGUCAGCAGAGUUAAGCGACCUAACGGUUUCCUUGUUAAGUAUGAUAAGCGCAUAAUGAUUUACACCAUUGAGGAUGUCCCAGCAGGUACUGAAUUGUGCUUCAACUACCAGAUGAUACAGUAUAACCUGGGCUGUCCUUUACCUGAUUGCAAAUGUGGCGCACCGAACUGCACAGGAACUUUGGGGGCAACGAGCGCCUCAAUAGCACAGGAAAGAACAGAUGUGGAGUCCAAUUCAAGUGAAAAUGGCAAUAAGAAGCGGAAAAAGAGAACGGGCAAAGUGGUCCUUCCACAAGAACCACCGGAAAAGAAGACCAAGUCGUUGUCUCGAAGAAAAGUACCAAGCCCCGUGGAUAGGUGUCCAUCUUCAAGGAGUAGUUCUGAAAGAAGUCAAACCAUAAGGUUGAACGGUCGCAUCAGCCAACCAACGGACUCAUUCCAUGAUGCAUCAUCUUCUUCAACAUCGGAAAAAAAUGAACAAGAUCUGCCUAAGCCAGUGCGUCGGUCCAGAAAUCGAAGACCAAGGACAAUAAACGGGUUAAAAGAGCAUAUAUCAGAAAACGUUGGUAAUGAAUGUUUACUUACAAGAGCGCUUUUAAAAGGAGAGGCGUUAGAAACACGUUCUAGAUCCAGUGCAUCACCUCAAAGAAGCAACGAUGUGAUUGAAGGGUUGAAACGAACCCGACAAAUAGCUGUGGAAUUGUCUCCAUCAAAUGUUAUUGUGUAA